AUGGCACCGUCUCCUGGCUUCCUGCUCUGGGGCUUGUGGUGGUUGGGGACAAACGAUGCAGCGACCUGGGAGGGGGAAUGCUCCGACUCCAUCGGGCUGAUUCCCGAUAGCUUGGGCAGACGUGACAGGCGUCGCCUCACCAAACUGCUCAACGCACAGGUGUCUUGCCUGGUGACGCCCUUGCCUGUAUGGGAUCCUUUGCUUGGUCUGCGAGGUGGGGCGGUGGUGAUACGGUGGCGCCGACGGCGUGGGCAUAUGUGUGAGCGGCAGAGGACCACUUGGCAGCGGCAGCCGCAGCUGUCCUUCUGGAUGGGAUGGCCUCUGCGAGGCCGGCGCGUGGGCGAAGCGAGCCAUCCCGGGCCUGAGCCAGGAACACCUAUCGGGUCUGAGCGCCCGCCCCGCGAGCGCUCACCGCCUCCUCGAGCUCCCGCUCAUGGUGGCGCCGGUGCUGCGCGGGGCGGGCGCACUUACUGCCCUGUUGCCGGAUGCCCGUGCUCUGACCCGGCCCGUGCUCGCGGUUGGGCGAAUGAGAGCUCAAUGCGUGCCCAUAUUGAUGCGCAUUUAGCUGGUUCACUGGAUGGGGACGUGCCCACUGCCUGGAUGCAGGCCCGUGGGCGCAUCCGCUGUCCUGUGUGUGGGCUCAGCGUGUCGGAGCGCUAUGGCGUCCACCCAACCUGCCGUCCAGAGGCGAGGGCAGCUGCCGUGGAUGACGUCGACGCCAUGGAAGUGGACGGCUUGCCUUUGCCUACCCUGGCUGCCAUACAAUCUGCACGCACGUCCACCCUCCGUCACAUCCCAAUGGCUGCGCGGCACGCCUGGAACCAGGUUCUCACUCGGGCGCUAGCUGCUGUGGCCCACCGCAAUGAUGUCGCGACGUGGCUGGAGCUUCUGAUGCUGCCACAAUGUGUGCUGUGCGCGCCGGGGCGCGGGGGUCGGCGACACCGCAAGGCUGCUGCUGCCUUCACUCUUGACAGGCUUCAGCGAUGGCAAGAAGGCGAGCGCCUCUCACUCUGGGAGUCCAGGCCUCGCCGCCGGCCCCCACGGUCCGGACCAUUGACGCCCGAGGAGCGCCGGGACAUUGCCACCAGCUGGGGGCGUGAAGGCUUUGAUCGGAAGGCCUGCGCUGCCCUCAUGUCUAAGGGUCUCUGCCCUCAAACCGAGGAAACUGCCAGAGCUCUUGCUGCCCUCCACCCUCACCGGCCCUUGCCUUCCACACCGGCCAUGGGUGACUUGCCAGUCCCUCCUGCUUUGGCCCCGGAGUUGGUUGCCCGCUGCUUGCGAGCUUUUCCAGUUGAGACCGCCCCAGGCCCAACAGGACUUCGCGUGCAGCACCUGCGGGAUGCUUGUGUUGCGGGUGGGGGUGACAGCUUCAUGGCUCAACUCGCCGAUGUGGUCAACCUCAUGGCCCAGGGGCGGGCCCCUGUAGGCGUGGCUGUCAAAGGAGGUGCUGAAAAAGCUGUGCACGCCGUACGUGCGUGGAGUGCCAGGCAUUCUGGCUCGUCGCAUAAAGCUCUCCUGAAGCUUGACUUCCGCAAUGCCUUCAACUGUGUGAGCAGAGAGGAAGUGCUUAAGCAGACUGUCGUCCACUUCCCGGCCCUGGCCCGCUGGGCUGCUUGGUGCUACCGUCAGCCGAGCUGCCUGCAAUUCGGUGACCGCGCCUUGGAGUCGUCAGCUGGUGUGCAGCAGGGAGAUCCCUUGGGACCCUUGUUGUUUUCCUUGGCCUUGCAACCGCUGGCUGCGGAGCUGCGGUCGGAUUCUCUGGACCUUGCGGUGCACUUUCUGGAUGACGGGGUGCUCGCUGGCGACUUUGCCCCCUUAGGGGCUGCGCUCCGGCUUGCCCAAACGCGUUCUAGAGCCAUUGGCCUGGAGCUCAACCUUGACAAGUGCGAGUUGGUGGUUUUUGGUGCCCCAAACACGCAGCUCCUUCGGCCGCACUUCCCUGCCAACCUGCUGCAACGGCCCGAUGGGUCCAGCCGUGUCCUCGUCAAUAACUUCGAGUUUCUGGGUGCAGCAAUUGGGGAGGACAGCUACAUUUGCGCCCACACUGCGGCGCGGGCAGCCAAGGCUGGCGAGCUGCUGGAUGCUGUGGCGGAGCUGGAGGCCGCUGCCCUGGCCACUUUCGAUGGCCACGUGCAACGGUGCUUCGGUGAUUUGACCGGCCUUCACCUUACUGCUGGGCAGUGGCGACAGGCUGCACGGGGGGUUGGGCAGGCGGGCUUGGGCUUGCGCGCUAGCUUGGUGCAUGCCCCAGCUGCCUACUUGGCGUCGCUUGGAGCAAGCUUGGCCGAUUGUGCUGACAUUGAUCGUGCUUUUUCUGCCCAGGCCGUUCACGGGUCGCCUGCUGUGGCCGCCGCACUGCGGGCGCUGAAUCGGGAGCUGCCCCAAGACUCAGCCUGUCCCUGUGCGAAGCCUUGGCGGCCAAACAGCGUGCGCUUUCGGAGCGUGUGGACCUGGCCGGCUGGGAAGCGCAGCUGGCGCAAGCCUCCUUGGUGGAAAGGGCGGUGCUCCGCUCGGAAGCUGGCCUCGGGGCCAGGGCCUUCCUGGCAGCUACGCCCUCCGGAGCGCCCGGGGUUGCUCCUGCCCCAGUCUCCGGAUGACACCCACUUGGCUCGUCGGCGACCAGCUGACAUUUACGUGCCUUCCUUAGCCGGGUCCCCUGCCGCGCUUGACUUCGCCAUCACGGCGCCCCAGCGGCAAGAGACCUUGGCUUUGGCGGGUCAGGAGGCUGGAGCAGCAGCGGCCGCGUAUGCCCGACACAAGGAGGACCACCAGAGCACUGCACGAACGUGUGAGGCUCAGGGGGUCACCUUCGUGCCCAUGGUGGCAGAAACGACGGGCAAUUGGGAUGCUGGGGCUGCCGUCGUCAUCAAGCACGUCGCUCGCGCUGUAGCAGCCCGCACUGGGGAGAUGCCAAGUUUGCUACAUUCCCUCUUGUUGCAGGAACUGUGUGUGGCGGCUCGGUCCCACCGGGCAAAGGCUGCUCUGAGGCGGCGGCUCGCUACGACUGCGCUCGGGGAUACCUAG